UGACAAGAUUAGAAUAUACAAAAGCUUGUUAAGCUUCCUUUUCUCCUUCUCAACAGUAGUUGAUCAAUCAAUAAUAAUGUAGUUUUUCUUAAAAGUAGACAACCAGAGCGAGAGAGGGUUUUUUUUUUUUUUUUGGUAAAGAAAAUGAGCUUUUCUUUGACUGUACUGACCUUCAAUCUCAAAGAAGAUCAGCCUGAAGGCAGUCCAAAUUCGUGGGAGAAGAGAAGGGAUUUGUGUAUUAGUGUCAUCACCAGUUACUCUCCUAUGAUUCUUUGUACCCAACAAGGUGUGAAAUCGCAGUUGGAUUAUCUUCAACAGUGUUUGUCGGGUUAUAAUCAAUUUGGAGUGUCUAGAAAAGGACCCCAAGACACUUUGGAUGAGCAUUGCACCAUCUUCUAUGACAAAGAGAAGGUAGAGCUGCUAGAAGGAGGAACAUUUUGGCUAUCAGAAUCUCCUUCUGUACCAGGGAGCAUAUCAUGGGGUGCUGAGGUUCCAUGUAUUGCCACAUGGGCAACCUUCCAAUUAAAAGGAGUUGAGCCACCAGGUUUCUCAUUUCAGAUAGUGAAUACAAUUUUGGAUGAAUUCAGCGCUCGUGCUCGUAGACGAAGUGCUUUACUAACUUGGCAGCACAUUGCAUCUUUACCUCCUAGCUUGCCAGUUGUAUACUGUGGAGGAUUUAACACACAGAAGGAAUCAACUACGGGACGCUUUCUACUUGGGCGGUCCAGAGAACAUGGUGCGGUAGGAGAUAUGAGAGAUGUAUGGCCCAUUGCAAGAGUAAGGAAAAAUGUUUCACUGGUCCGCACAUAUCACGGAUUCAAGGGUGACAAGCAAGGAGCUCUUGAAUACUUCAAGUUGAUUCUGAGAGCACUCUGCCUCUGCUGGGACCGUCAAACUCAAGAUCUACAUGUAGAUUGGGUUCUCUUCAGAGGCAGGUCUCUGAUUCCUGUACUGUGCGAGGUGGUUAACGAUAAUAUUGAUGGGUUCUAUCCAUCCUCACACUAUCCUAUUUUUGCUGAGUUUAUGCUUCCUCGCACUGUGAGAAUGCCCGAACCACCGACUACUCAAGAAGAAAAUGAAGUUAGCUAAGAAUUUGAACCUCUCUUCCAUUUCUUCCCUGGAAAAUUGAUUAUAUUCAUUGUUAUAAGAUUUUAGGUAGCUAUUUGGAGGACAGCAUUUUGUGGCCAUAGAACGAUAUCUAGUGGCAUAUGGGGUUUCAAACGCCAUCGUGCUCAUGUUUGGAGUCUUGAGAGCAUCUCUCAUCUUCAGAUUAUGAUCUUAUGGUUACAGAUUCUUACAUCGAACCGAGGAAUUUUCUCUGCUGUUAUCCAGAAAGUCACUAUCAAGACAUCUUUUGUACCGUGAUUUGGUUUUCUCCUAGUGCCUGAAUUAUUGUUGUAAAUGGCCAUUGAAUUUCUGAGAGGAUUUUACCUUUUUUCCUCAUCAUCUGCACAGCAAAUGUAUGGUGAAUAUUUGUAUGGUAUUUUCCUCACCAUUGUGUACUCAAGGGGUGAUGUAUGUAAGCAACUUUUGUAUCUGCUUUAAGCUUGAAAUACUACUACUGGUGGUUGCUUCAGCAAUUUUUUCAUAAAACUGCUGCUGAAGAAGCUCAUUAAAUUGCA